AUGCUAGCUGCUGUGGUGGAACGAUUUGGCGAGCCGUACGCGAUGAAGCAGGUCCCACGCCCAUCGCCACCCGAGGGCCACGACAUCCUCAUCAGAGUCCUUGCGGCAUCAUACUGCCAUACUGACUCCGUCUUUGCAGCUGGCGGCUUGUCACAGGAGUUACCACGCGUCGGAUGCCACGAGUUUGCCGGCGAAGUGAUUGCAGUCGGCCCCAAUGUGGCAACCCAUGGAGGCAUCGCGCUUGGAGUUCGAGUCGGCGUUCCAGGACGUGCCUACCAUCCCUGCGGUACCUGCUACGAGUGCACUCAUCCCGGUCAAGACGAUAUGGGUUAUUCUCCAUAUUGCCCCGAAGCUGGCAACUUGGGCUUGACGCGAGACGGCGGCUUCCAGGAGUACUGCCUCGUCGACAGCCGUCAGGUCGCUCCCCUCCCAGAAGGCCUACCCGCCACACAGGCUGCGCCGUUGAUGUGCGCGGGACUGACAAUAUGGGCGGCUUUACAACAUGAAAAGGUCCGAAAUGCACGACGAGUGGGCAUUAUAGGAGCUGGAGGAGGGCUAGGGCAUCUGGGAGUGCAGUUCGCCGCACACCUGGGCAAAGAAGUGGUCGCCAUCGAUGCAAAUGACCAGUCGCUGGAGCUUUUAAACCGCAUCAAGCACAACCUAGACUCCUCGGCGUCUCGCGUGCACAUUGCAGACGCCCGUAGCAUGGACAUCGACGCCAUGCGAGUCAUGGGCCAAGACUCUACUGGAGCACCAUCAACCGAGGUCGGGCUCGACGCCGUCAUUCUGCUCCCCGAAUCUCAAAGAGCGUUCGACAUGGGCAUGAAGCUACUGAGAAACCACGGGGUCAUGGUAGUGGUGAGCUUUCCCAAGGAUAAACUGGCCGUCAGCGCCCACGACCUCGUGUUUCGCGACAUCAGCUUGGUUGGUAGCUUGGUGGGUAGGAAUCACCAGCUCAGGGAAAUGCUCGACUUUGUCAUGCAGCACAAGGUCUCGGCCGAGGUCAAAACGUUUCCAUUUGAUCAGCUCAACCAGUUGGUCGUACAGAGUCACCAAGGGUUAGGAGGAAAACUUGUAAUUGAUAUGAUGCAAUAG